UAACUAGCUGCCCGGAGGCGUUGCAAAUAUGGCCGCCGAGUGCGGAGACUUUGCUUAAAGGGGCUUUGCCAUUUACUGACGUACUUUUUGCCGCUGGACGUGCGUACGCGUGAACCAGGAAGACACCGUUAUACAUUAAACCGCUGCUACUGGUUUCUGUAAUGCUUACGUUUGCGUUAACAAUCGUACGACAUGGCGAAACGCAAUACAACAGAGAUAAGUUGCUCCAAGGUCACGGCAUUGACACACCACUGUCAGAUACAGGACAUCAGCAGGCGGCUGCUGCUGGCUUAUACCUCAAAGAUCUACAUUUCACUAAUGUCUUCGCCAGUAACCUGCAGAGAGCCAUUCAGACGGCUGAAAUCAUUUUAACGCACAACCUUCAUUCUUCUAAAAUUGAGAUGGUGUUGGAUCCGUUACUGAGAGAGAGGGGUUUUGGAGUUGCAGAAGGACGACCAAAAGAAGAUCUGAAGAACAUGGCUAAUGCUGCAGGUCUGGCCUGCCGGGACUACACCCCACCUGGAGGCGAGACGCUGGAUCAGGUAAAGAUGCGAUUUAAGAAGUUCCUCAAAUCGUUCUAUCAGCGCAUGUUAGAUGAACAUGCUCCACCCAACCAAUGUUCUGCGUCUUGUCCUGGGUCAUCAGAACCCGAGCGGCCUGUGAUUGCUGGACUGGCUAAUGACGGCGUCCACGGCGUGCCUGUCCACGCUCUGAUCGUCAGUCACGGCGCCUUUAUCCGCAUCUCUGUGCGCCACCUAGUGGAUGAACUGCAGUGCUGUGUACCCCCAGGCCUGAAGAUGAACCAGGUGUUCUCCCCGUGCCCAAACACCGGCAUCAGCAGGUUUAUCUUCAUCCUCCGCAGAGCAGAGAGCGGCCCACGAGCCACACACAUCCACUGUGUCUUUAUCAACAGAAAAGAUCACCUCGAUGAUGCCAAAUAACACUGAAUUUGAUUUGUAACUAUCCAAAGUAACUACCUGGUGAACCUGGUUUAUCGGUAUUGCCCCCAGCUUUAACGUGGCCAGUGUAUAUUUCUCCUUACAUACUGAAGUACUUCUUGUGAAGAAAGCACAUUUGUCUUGGUGUGAUUUAUUUAAAUGCAGUGUGUUGAUGAUGUUUGUACUAAUCUGUAUGGCACAAAAUUAUUUUAUUCGUUCUGUCACAUUACUGAAAGUGUCUGUAGUCUGCAUGGCACACAAUUAUUGUAUCGAUUAUGUCACAUGACUGAAAGUGUCUGUAGUCUGCAUGACACAAAAUUAUUUUAUCGAUUCUGUCAAAUGACUGAAAGUGUCUGUAGUCUGCAUGGCACACAAUUAUUUUAUUCAUUCUGUCACAUGACUGAAUGUGUCUGGUUGAUGCACACUAAGCUUACCGAUGCAUUUUUUUUAGGUUGUUUUGCCUUUUCAACACUAUAGUAUUCACAUAUAUGUAUAUUGAUGUAUAUGUAAUAAAAUACUUAUUGAAUUUUAAA